CAUUAACAAACCCUAGCCCAUUUCUCAUUCUCGCACUCACCGCACAAUCUCCACUACCUUCGGUCCUGUUCUGCAAACACUCCAUUAGUCCAUUUUCAAUUUUCUCGCCCAUUUUUCCUCUUUCAGUGGUUUUUCCCCCAAAGAAAACGUAUAUUCUGUUCUUUGGUUUUUGAAAGAAACAAAAGAAAAACCCCGUUGAUUUUCGAUUAGACGAGAUAAAGGCACGUAAUGGCUUCAAGAACCGCCGCCAAAGACAUCAUCACUCUCCGUGGUUCGGCCGCCAUUGUCAGUGAAUUCUUCGGUUAUGCAGCAAACAGUAUUCUCUACAAUCGAGGAGUUUAUCCUGAAGAAAGCUUUGUGAAGGUAAAGAAAUAUGGGCUACCAAUGUUGCUUACUCAGGACGAAGGUGUUAAAUCCUUCAUUGCAAGCUUAACUGCUCAGCUUUCAGAAUGGCUGGAAGCAGGGAAGUUACAGAGGAUUGUUCUUGUCAUAAUGAGCAAAGCCUCCAAUGAAGUUUUGGAAAGGUGGAACUUUAGCAUUGAGACUGAUGGCGAGGUUGUCAAAAAGGGAGUGUCAAGGGAAAAGAGUGAUAAAGAAAUUAUGAGAGAGAUCCAAGCUAUUAUGCGGCAGAUAGCUUCGAGCAUCACAUAUUUGCCAUGCCUUGAUGAGCCUUGUGUAUUUGACGUGUUAGCAUACACUGAUAAAGAUGUUGCCGUUCCAUUCACUUGGAUUGAGAGUGACCCCAAGUUGAUCGCAAACCCACAAAUGGUGAAGCUGCAUUCCUUUGAUACAAAGAUACACAAGGUUGACACUCUUGUGUCGUACAAGAACGACGAAUGGGAUGAGCAGUAGAGACCCAUCCUCAAAUUUUGUGUGUUUCAACAUUUGUUUUUACUUGGCAUGGGCGUGGAUUCCGUGAAUCGUUUAUUCACAUUUUGUAACUUUGGAAGUUGAGUGGCACAAUUGGGGAUGAUGAACAAUGUUAGUGACAUCUUGUUGAAUACUAAGCUUGUUUGCAGCAUAGCUAACAUGGAGUGAAGAUUUUUAGCAGAAUCUUGGUUUCCUUUGUUUAAAUUUUGUGUGUGAACAUUUAUUUUUCUCUGCCACCAUUUGGUAUGUUGUAUGUAACAUAGGGAAAGAAAAUUUAGUUAGAUAUUAUAUUGUCCAGCAAGUUAGCAGGCUAUGCACUGGGUUUUCUCUUUGCCAUGUUUGGCAUGGAUGGACUCAGCUUUAAUCCUCCUUACUGUGAUUAUUUUCAAGAAGCUAGAUUCGCUGAAUAAAUCAUAUUUAAG